AUGGCGCGUCUUUAUCGCGGACGUGAGCAGGAACUCAAUGCACAAGCUCAGCUGUUUUUCCAGAAACUCAAGCAAGCUUCCGCUGGAAGCAGAUGUAAAUCAGAAUCAAUAUCAUGCUUACCCGCCCCCUGGUGUCAUACAGUCACAGACGUUAAUGGCUGUCACACAUGUACAUGCAACAGAAGUUUCCGGUACACAAGAGAGACAACCCACGCAAGCGCACUGAGUCCGUUUUCUGCUUCCAUGUUUGGUAAAAAUGGCGGCUUUGGCUUUCCUGGUUUUCCCAGCUUCAGUGGUCAGAUGGGACCGAUGAAUCCUAUGGCCGCUAUGUUAGGUUCGGGAAGUUCAAUGUCUGGUGCCGGAAGCUCCUUCCCUGGAAUGGGAAAUCCUCCUAUGUCAGGACAAAUGGGAUUCCCUGGAGCAAUGUCCCCAAUGGGAGGAUUCAUGGGACAAAUGAACCCGAUGUCAGGGGCAGCUCUAGGACUGAGUAAUCAGAAAACACCUAUAAAAAAUCAGACGUCAUGUGACCCCGCCCCCUAUACAUGUCUAGCUCCACCCCCUUGGUGUCAGCGCAUUAUCGAUGAAGAGGGAUGUACAAAAUGCCUAUGUGGAAAUGACCUAGAAGCUUAUUAUGACAAACUUCAAGGGGCAACAAAAGAUAUCACAACAGGUACUCCUACGUCAACUGUCAAUCAAACGAAUACAACUGUGACGUCACGAGUAUCUCCUACGACCACUUCAACCAUAACGGCGCCUACCACCACAAUAGCUCCGCCCCUUGGGAAAGCAUGUUUAGCGAACUUUUUCUGUACCCUGGACUGCCGGACGGGAUAUCAAACAGAUCCAACUGGGUGCCCGCUCUGUUCUUGUAAUGACGACAUUAAUGACGUCGUUACGCAGGGAGCACCGAUUCCGGAUUCGUCUACAACUCAGGUGCCGUUGACCACAUUGCCUAUUUCCGUUUCUAGUAGCCCUGCAGGAAUCAGUGUAGUCUGUCCUGGAAUAUUCGACUGUAUGAAACAGUGUAUGAAUGGUUACCAAGUAGAUGCACAGGGCUGCCCACUCUGUCAAUGUAUCUAAUAAAGAUCUGA